AUUCCAGCCUGAUAAUGUGACCUGUAGUGGAGGACUGACGGGGUGUUUGCACUGCUCCUCCCAUCUUUAACGUUUACCCUCCUCUCCUCUCUGUCAUUCUAAAGUGGAGCCGCAGACAAGACCACCUGAAGCCCCCUUUAACAGAACCAUGGAGACUUCCAAACCCAAGGAGGAGAGAGUCGUGGCGGUAGUAGGAGGUGGAUUGGUGGGAGCCCUGAACGCCUGCUUUUUUUCCAAGAGAGGUUUCAAAGUGGAGGUUUUUGAAACUCGGGAAGACAUUCGACGGGCUGAAGUCGUCCGCGGCAGAAGCAUCAACCUGGCUCUGUCCUACCGAGGCCGGCAGUCACUGAAGCACGUUGGGAUGGAGGAGAAGAUUGUGUCUCAGGGAAUCCCGAUGCAUGCCAGAAUGAUCCAUGCCCUGAAUGGGAAACAGUCACCGAUACCGUACGGCAAGAAAGGACAGUACAUCCUGUCUAUUGACCGAGCCAACCUGAACAAGCAGCUGCUGACAGAGGCUGAGAGGUAUCCAAAUACGAAGCUGAACUUUGAUCACAAGCUUCAGGACUGGAGCGCAGAAACAGGGCUGAUGACCUUUGUCAGGUCAGACGGGUCUACAGAGAAGAUCCAAGCGGACCUGAUAGUUGGCUGUGAUGGAGCGUUCUCCGCCAUCCGCAAGCAGUUCAUGCGCCGCAGCCGCUUCAACUACAGUCAGACCUAUAUCCCUCACGGCUACAUGGAGCUCACCAUGCCCCCCAUUGAUGGAGAGUUUGCUAUGAAGCCGAAUUUCCUACACAUCUGGCCACGGAACACAUUCAUGAUGAUCGCUCUGCCUAAUCUGGACAAGACAUUCACCUGCACUCUCUUCAUGCCCUUUGAUGAUUUCGAGAAGAUCACCACGGGAGAUGAGGUCAUGGAUUUCUUCCAAAAAUACUUCCCCGACACGGUUCCGCUGAUCGGAGCCGAUGCUCUCAGGAGGGAUUUCUUCAGGUUGCCUGCACAGGCCAUGGUUUCCGUCAAGUGCUCUCCAUACCACAUCGGCGACAAGUGUGUCCUCAUGGGUGAUGCAGCGCACGCCGUGGUGCCCUUCUAUGGCCAAGGCAUGAACGCAGGCUUCGAGGACUGUAUCGUCUUUGAUGAAAUCAUGGAGCAGUUCAAGGAAGAUUUCAGUGCAGUGUUGCCCGAGUACAGCAGAGUUCGAGUUCCAGAUGACCACGCCAUCGCCGAUCUGGCCAUGUACAACUACAUAGAGAUGCGCGCUCACGUCAACUCAAAGUGGUUCUUAUUCCGAAAGCACGUGGAUAACCUGCUUCACUUUCUCAUGCCCAAGACCAUCAUUCCUCUCUACACCAUGGUCACAUUCACCAGGACAAGGUACCAUGAGGCGGUGGAUCGCUGGCACUGGCAGGACAAAGUGAUCAACAAAGGCCUGCUGCUCUGCGCUGCUGCGUCCGUCGUGGGAGGUUCCAUCGUGCUGGUGAAGAAUCCACCCGAUCUCAGCAAACUCAACGCCUCGGCUGAGAAACUGUGGAGCAGGAUUUCAACUUUGUCUGUCACCCACUGAGGCGGAAAACAACUCCAACGUUGGCACAAACCAAGUUUACCAAACAACUGUGUCAGGAGUAAAGUGUUUCUUGGAAAAAUAGUUACAACUUUUUACUUCGGCGUGGACAAGCUAGUGUGUCAGAGCUGCGUGUUAAACCAAGACGGGAAGAAAUCCACUUCCGGUGGUUGUGUCUGUCGGAAUCAUACAGUUUGAUCAUGUUAAGAUGAAAAGAUGAGUAAUGCUGAUGCAACAUUACUGUUUAUUUCAAAGCAAAUACAAACAACUGGUAUUUACAGGGAAGGUCAAGUAUACCUACAUUCAGCAAAGGCACAUUAUAAUAACGUAGCCUUCCUACUUUAUUCAGUCAUUUGGAGCGAACUAUGUCGAAAAAAAACUGACAGAAUAAAGAAAUUCAAUCCAAAAGUUCAUCCAACAACCAGAUUACCUUGAGGCUGAAGCAUUGACCACAACUCCAUCUCGCUGCCAAGUACUUGCGUCCCAGUAAAGUGAACUUGUGAGAUUAAUAAAGGAUAUUCUCACCUUAUAUAAUCUAUUGUGUUGGUUUUUAAUGAAGUCAGUCGUCUUAUCAAAAGUAACAUACAGUAAAUGGGAAAUAAAAUUCCAAAAACAUCGGAUUUUAUAAUGAUGUUGUGAAGGCUCUUAAACCUGG